AUGUUACAGUAACUAAAAAGCAUGACAACAUUUUAGAGAACAUUUCUUCUGAGCUUCAAUACCUUGAGGGAGCAGACUCAUGUUCUUGGCCAUACAGAAGGCCUUAGUUGAGAACAAGGAUGAAAACAAGGAGUUUGGGUUUCGCUUAAUUCUCCUGAAGAUCCUGGAUGUAAAAUUACAAAAUCUAUCAGAAAAGACAAAAUCACAAAUCAAACUGACUGAAAAUAUGUUUUUUCCUGCUAGUGCAGAGUGCAUUAAGGGGUGGGACAUCACCUCCUGCUUUCCAUAAUACACAGGUACCAAAACAAUGAUAGCCUGGAAUUAAAGGGGUGGUUUUGUUUUAUUUUUUAAAGAGGAACAAAUAGACAUGAGGACUAGAGCUGGUGACAGCACUGAUUUACAGACACCUGUUUAGAGUCCCAGAAAAAGAUAAAUACCAGGUGCAGGUCUAUCAGGGUAGCAAAAAUAUUAACAAUUCACAACAGUCAGAGGUGAGCAGAGUACCCAAAAAUUGUUCUCAACAAAGAGUAGGACUAUUUAAACAUAUUUUUACUCAAAUAAAAGUAAAAAGAGCCAUCCCAAAAACUUUAGAAAGUAGACCAAAAAAGUUGUUUAGAUUUUGGGGUGUUAUUUGCAGUGCAACCACAAGAUGAGCAGGAGGUGGGAGCAGUUCGCCGUUGUUGAGUGCAGUUCCCUUAACACUAGGAAGCGAUAUGUCCCUGACCAAUAUGGCGGCCGUGUUCACGUAUGGCUGUGGCGGGCUUCGACAAGACGUCACCGGAAGCAGCAUUUGUUUACCUCUGGAGACCUCAAAGACUCCGGAAUCGUAAACUUUGUCGCCCAACUGACUUGGUGAACUGAACCGUUAAGACAACAUGGCUUCAAAUUUAGAAGAGGAACUGUCCUGCCCCGUUUGUCGGGACAUCUUCAGAGACCCCGUCCUCCUGUCCUGCAGCCACAGCUUCUGCAGGGCCUGUCUGAGCAGGUGGUGGACGCAGAAACAGAUCCGGAAGUGUCCGGUCUGCAACUGCGACUCCGACCGCAAGGAGCCCACGUGCAACCUGGUGCUGAAGAACACGUGCGAGGCUUUCCUCCUGGAGCGUGAAGAUGUCUGCCAGCUGCACUCAGAGAAACUGAAGCUGUUCUGCUUGGACCACCAGCAGCCAGUGUGUCUCAUCUGCAGGGACUCCAAGCAGCACAGCGGCCACGUCUUCCGGCCCGCAGCUGAGGUGGCGCAGGACCGCAGGGAGGCGUUGCGGAAGUCCAUCAUGCCCCUCCAGGAGAAACUCAAGCUUUUCACAAAAGUCAAGGAAGACUUGGACCUGACCGCCCAACACAUUCACUCCCAGGCCCGACUCACGGAGGCCAGGAUACGGAAGGAGUUCAGGAUGCUGCAGCGGGUUUUGCGUGAUGAAGAGGAGGUCAGGGUGGCUGCGGUGAAGGAGGAAGAGGAGCAGAAGAGUCUGAAGGUGAACGAGAAGAUUAAGGUUCUAGACGGAGUCAUGGCUGCUCUUUAUGACACCAUCAAAUCUGCAGAGAGGACACUGAGAUGUAAAGAUGCUGCGUUCCUGCAGAGCUCCAGCGCUGCAGGAACGGAGCAGCAGCGCCCCCUACCGGAGCUGCCCCAGCCGGCUGCCGGAGCACUAAUAGAUGUGGCCAAACACCUGGGCAACCUGCGCUUUAACACCUGGAAGAAGGUCAAACAAGUAGUGUCCCGUACGCCAGUGAUUUUGGACCCAAACACGGCCGGACCGGGACUUUUCAUCUGUGAGGAUCUCGCUGCGGUGAGGCGGGGAAGCAGACAGAAACUUCCCGGGAAUCCCGAGAGGUUUGAGUCGGAGGGGAUCAUUUCGGCCUCCAGGGGCUUCACUGCGGGCGUCCACUUCUGGACCGUGGAGGUGGCAGACUGCAGCAGCUGGUUCGUUGGCGUUGCAGAAGAGUCGUUCAAAAGGAAGAAACCGAUUCAGUUCAAGUCAGGAUUGUGGGCUGUUUGUUUUUCCAAAGAAAAAUAUUCCUACUUCUCCCCAGGAGCGCCCGCCAGCUUCCACGUUACAGGAAAGCUUCAGGCAAUCCGGAUCCAUCUGGACCUGGAGAGGGGAAAACUGUCCUUUACCGACCCAAAAACCCUCAAGCACAUCUGCACCUUCUCACACAGCUGGUCUGAGAAAAUGUUUCCAAUCUUUUACGUGGGAGGCGUCAAAUCGAUGAAGAUAUUACCGUCAGAGGGCGGCGGGCCGGACGACGAGGACAGCAAGGAGUAGGACAGCAUUACGGAUGAGAACACAGGGUAAAGGAAGUGGCUCAUCCUAACGAACUAAAGCAUAUCAGGAGACGUUUCUCCAUUACAAACGUGCGCAAAUCUUUGUCUAUUGCUGCGUUUCCAUUAAUCAUAAAAUUGCAAUUAUGAGAAUAAAUUUGCUUAAUAGAAACAUGCCAAUUUUGAAAAACUCACCAUAAAAAGUUUUUCCGAGUAUGGGGGAAAUUUUAGCCAUAUGGAAACAUAUGUAUUUAGCAAAAAUGCAAUGAAAACAACCCCCGCCCCCCACCAAGCAUUGCACUAGUGAUCAACAGCCGGAUGUUACUACUGGUGACAACAUCGAAGAAGAAAGUAGUAGGAUGGUGAAUAUUUUUUAUUUUAUUUUAGAACAAUGUGCAGCUGGCUCCAUCAUAGUUCUCACAGCAUCAUGGAUCAUAAACAGUUGUGCAUCAUUCCAUCGUGUUGAAUCCAUAGCUCUAAUGUAAAAUGGCUGACUACAACAAACCAUCAGCCUCCAACCAUCUUUGCUGCCAGCAGUAACAUCCGGCUGUUGGUCACGUGUGAUGUUCAACAAAGCCUUUCCAUUGCACUCUGACCAAAUGCAUACAUUUUGAUAUGGCUGAAAAACCACCUCAUUCCAGCCCAAAAAUCUGUCUUGGAAAAACUUGAGGUUUUUGAGGAAAUUAGUGUGUUUCCAUUAAACGUAUUUAUUUUUGUUACUUCAAUUUUAUGGCUUAUGGAAACAUAGCUAGUGGUAUCCUAAAAAUUGUGAAUUACACUGAAAUUAUGCUGAAACAGAACUGUUGGGUCUAAUUCUUCGGAUGUUUUUGUGUCCUAAAGUGCGUCACCUCCAGAGUUUACAGUGUUUAAAACAAACAGAAAAGCUGCUGGGGAGACGACUUCUGUGGGUCUAAAUUAGGAAUAAAUAAUCCUAUAAAUGAAUGAGUCAACACCUUUGUGUGGAAAAGGAUUCAGGAUAAAAUAAUUCUGAAAUUAAUCUCAAAGUUCAGAAUUUAUUUUUUAAACAAAAUUAUGAUUUUACUCCCAGAAUGCUGACUUUUCUGGAAAUUCAGAUUGCCCCCACCCCCAAAAUUAUGGAAAAUUAUAGAAUCUUUUAUCAAAUGUCUGUAGUGAAGUGAAGUUAUUCUGUUAAUUUUGGUUGCCAUAAUGAAUAGCAGCUGUUUAGUGCACAGCAGUAUUCCUUUGAAUUACAGUAUUAUUAUAAAUUGUCCUUUUCUAUGUUUUUUCCAGACCAAGAUUAAUAUUGUUACAUUGAUUAAAUAAUACAAAUGGCUGAAAAUGUUUUCCUAAGAAGAGGAUUAACAGCUUGAAGCAGCUUUGCUGCAUUGUUUGCAUUUUGUUGUAGGGAUAUGUUUGUCUUUUUUAUAUUUUUAAUUUUAAAAAAGAAAUAAAUAUGUGUACACAACUUAAACUGCCUUUUCUGUG